GGAAGGUGUGAAUGGACGAAUCACAAGGGAGACUGGGGAAUGCGAAUCUUCUUCGGGCAAAUACGGUUCAUAAACGACAAUAUUGUAGACUAUGUGUUACUACAAAUAGAACAUAUUGUCACUUGCAGCUGUUGGGAAAAGGACGCUCUAACUGGUCUCAUCGUGCAUAACAAAAGCUUAAAAUAUAUUCUUUAAAUGGGGAGGAAAAAGAUCCAAAUAUCACGAAUCGGCGAUGAACGCAACCGACAGGUGACAUUUACCAAGAGAAAGUUUGGCUUGAUGAAGAAAGCCUACGAACUUAGCAUCUUGUGUGACUGUGAAAUUGCUCUGAUCAUCUUCAACUCGAGCAACAAGCUCUUUCAAUAUGCUAGCACGGAUAUGGACAAGAUAUUACUCAAGUAUACUGAGUACAACGAACCUCACGAAAGCAGAACCAACAACGAUAUUCUAGAGACUAUUUCCAAGAAAGAAAACAAGUCUUUACCAUCGCCAGAUGACCCUGAAAAGCAGUUCAUACUGACUCCUGGAACUGAAGCGAAAUACAAAAAAAUUAAUGAAGAAUUUGACAUGAUGAUGAGGAAAAAUCGGCUGAAUCCAUCCGCAGAUGGUUUCAAUGCAGUCCCGGUUGCGGUGCCUGUUACCGAACAUGCGCAGUCUGGCUCCUACAGCAGCGGUUUGAGUCAUUCCAACAACAGCCAAGGCCCCAAUAAUUCAGGCCUCUUGUCCCCACCGCCAUCUCAAUCUGGGCGACUUUCAGCUGGACCUCAAUCCGGAAGUGGCAUGCAACGAAUCACAGGUGCUCCAAGUCCUGGUAUUAAUACUUCACGGAAUUCGCAAGCGUUAAAUAAUUCAAGUAGCUCAGGAGGAUCGUCUGGAUCGAAAAAACCCGACCUAAAAGUUGUGAUACCCGUCUCUAGAAAUCCUUUGUCGCAAAACGCAAGAUCUGGGAACGUCCAUGGCUCGAGCAACGACACCAUCAUAACACCCGUCAUAUCCAUAACUAGUCCUUCGUAUACUGGUUCCAAUCCACUAAGCACUCCCGUCAUGCCUCUCAAUACGCCAAUAUCCCAUUCUGGUCCGUCUUUUCACGGUUCAUCGUAUGAUCAUUAUCUAGAUAGCGGUGAAAAUACCGCUCGCGUUACGUCGACGCCAUACUUGACUUUGCAGCACAAUCAACAUUUGUUUGCGCAGCAAAUGGCCAUGCAGAGCAUGUUACAAGGCUACCUUUUCUCAAUUGAAGAUGAAGUUGCGGUCGAAGAGUUUCUUUAUGAAUUAUUGGACUCUAAAGACCGAAAUGUACAGUUGUUUGUGAGGAAAGUAUGCCAGAAUUGGACAAAACUCUGGUCGAAGCAAAAUGAUGAUAAAAAAACAAAGCUAAAUAACGAAAGAAAGCAGACUGUCGUAACCAAAGGAGAGAAAUCCCCAAUUAAGAAAAAAUCUUCUCAUUUUGUGUCACUGUACAGUGAUGAAGGCCAGGCAAAAACCAGUGUCCGAUUGCCUGGACGACAUCCAUGUGAGUGCCUCGGGCAAAAACACAGGCUCAUCAACAACUGCUUACAUUGUGGCCGUAUCAUUUGUGAACAAGAAGGAUCAGGUCCAUGCUAUUUUUGUGGUGACAUAGUCUGCACAGCUGAAGAGAAAGAAGUACUUGAAAAAAAUUCAAAACGUGGUCUAAAACAGAUGGAAAAGCUAAUGGAAAGUUGGACCCAGAAGGCAAGCAGGGAUGAGGAGUUGAAACAGCAAAAAGCCACUGAACUCAAGAAUAGGUUACUGGAAUAUGACAGAACCAGCACUAGACGUACGAAGGUGAUCGACGACGAAUCCGAUUAUUUUGCAACGGAUUCAAAGUGGCUGAGUAAAAAGCAACGAAAGGCGUUGAAAGAUAAGGAAGACAAACUACGUGAAUUGAAGCACGGCUCGAGGCUCAACAAGAAAAUCACGCUUGAUUUUGCUGGAAGACAGGUCAUUGAGGAACAGGUCACAGAUGAAAUAAACGAAAUUUAUCAAUCGGCCGAAGAAUUUCUUCAAUCUACAUACGGUCAUGAGGCUUUUCCCAGCCAUCCUAAAUACAUUGCAACAGCUCCUCAAUAUGUUGAAGAAGAAAUUAAUUUCAAAGCUAUGGGCGAGAAACGAGAGAAGAAGUUCAAACCGCAAUCCAAACAGUCAUCUCGUUCUUUAGUUCGUCUUCAAGAUAAGGAACUGGAAAUGAGCGAUGAAGGUAAAUGCUUGAGUAUGCAUCAACCUUGGGCAUCGCUUUUGGUCGCUGGAAUUAAGAAGGUGGAAGGCCGCAGUUAAUUAUCAACAACACAUCAUGGG